CUAAUGUGUACAGUUCUUUAUCUGAAGCUGGAAGCAAAUGUACCACCCUCCUUCAAACUGAGAUUUACUCUGCAAUUGGUCAGGGUCACAUCCCACAAACACUGCAGUCAAACUAACCUGAAUCAAUUUCAGAGAAGAAGCCAAGCUUUGAAGAAUGAAGACUUUGGCAAAUGUUUUUCUGGGACUUUUCAUAUUUAAAGCAGUUCUAGCUGCUCCUCCAACAGCUGCCAUUAACUAUGAUACAGAUACGUAUGAGGUGGAUCUAGAAGAACUGGAUAGUAUCUAUGACUAUGAUGGAAGCCUUAGCAUUGAUCAGGGAGAGAUAGAAAUUGGAACUGUGUUACCUGUUGUGAAUAGACCAAUCAUUUCUCCAGAACAUGUUCCAGAAGAAGAAGAAGAAGCAGAAGAAUCCACACCAAAAUUAAUUGAUGGUUCUUCACCACAGGGACCUUUGUCUCCUGGAGUCCUUGUUCCAGAGACAAGCGGAGACAUUUCAACGUGUAUUCUAUGCACCUGCAUCAGGACAACAGUUUACUGUGAUGAUCAUAACCUUGACUCAGUUCCUCCUCUACCAAGAGAAACCACCCACGUCUACCUGCGCUUCAAUAGGAUUACCAAGAUAAACAAGAAUGACUUCGCUAAUCUAAAUAAAUUACAGAAGCUUGACUUGACAUCAAAUAUCAUAGAGGCGAUUGAUGAAGAUGCUUUCAGAAGUCUAUCAACCCUUAAUGAGCUUAUACUUCGAGAUAACAGACUAAGACAACUGCCAGAGCUACCAAACACUCUAAAUGUCAUUGAUGUGAGUCACAACCGACUUGGACGCAAAGGAAUAAAGCAUGAGGCGUUCAAAGACAUGAAUGAUCUUCAUCUUCUGUACCUAACUGACAACAGCCUGGAUCACAUCCCAAUACCACUUCCUGACAGUCUGCAGGCUCUUCAUCUCCAAGAUAACAACAUCCAGGAAAUGCACGAAGAUACUUUCUGCAAAAUGAAAGAUUUUUCAUAUUCUCGAAGAGCUUUAGAAGACAUUAGACUGGAUGGAAACCCUAUUAACCUAAGCAAAACUCCGCAAGCUUUCAUGUGUCUACCUCGCAUACCAGUUGGUAGACUUGUCUAAAUCCGAUAUCCCCCAACCAAUCCCCCCCUUAAAAAAGAAACUUAACUUGGCAAUGCAAAACAAUAAAAUAUUUGUAUUAUCUCGUGAUAUAUGAUCAUAAAUGAAGUGUGAUAAGUAAGUGGGGUAUCGUAGUCAAUGCAUUUUUAACAAAACAAAGUAAAAUAAUGAACAAUAUUAUGUAUUAAAAACUGGAAAAUAAUAUGCACAAAAAUGUACAUAGGGUACUUAUACACAUUAGUGUUUUUAACAUGGCUGCAACAAUAUUGCAAUUGUAAUUUCUCUGUGUUGUAUGCUACCUAUUACACAAUACUAGCUGGGUCAAUGUUAGCUGGAAAACAAAAUGUGAAAUGUAUUACACAUGCAAAAUAAAUGUACAUACAGUUG